AUGAAGAGUAUAUCUUUUCUGAAGAGCCACAUAGAGCUAUGGCUGAACUAUGGCUCAACUUUCUUGGAUAUUGACCCCAAGUGCACCUUUCUGAGUGCCUUGGGGUUGCUACUUCUGUACCUGUGUUACAGAUUAUCAAAACGAACUUUACCAGCCCACGCCAAAAAUAACAUCCCAAAGGCUUCAAAGAGAAGCAAUAUAAGUGAGUCACAGCCCCUCAUUCUUGCCUUUUUUGUUCCCAGCAUCGGGGCAGAUAUAAGAGAAGGAGAGGCGCAUUUACAGGCCCUCUGUUCUUUUGUGUUGGUCCUGGCUGUCACUUUAUACUUUGUCUCCCAUAGCCUCAAGGACAAGCAUCAUGAUUCCACCCGCUUUCAGAAACUGCUAUGUCCAGACCCCCUCUGUAGGAUUUGCAGUCAAACAGCUACUGAGGUCAGUAACCUGCUAUCUCUGGCAUCCUUUGAAGUUUCUACAGCUUCUGAGUCCCCAGGGGGAAGCACAGCACCUAAGAAAGAGUCAUCAUCAUCCUUUACCACUCCUCCCUCAGAAAUCCCUCCAGAGCAUCCAAAUCCAGGCCCUACACUUGAGGUUUCAAUACCUCCUCCUUCCAUUCUCUUACCUAACCAGGAGACUCCUUUGGAGGACUUACCUUCACUCUCACCACUGGAUGAAUCUCUACCACCAGAGCCUAAAUCUCCCUUUGAUGCCAAAUUCCCAGUGGACUCACUCUCAUCCCAGAACCUUGCCUUUCCCCCUCUCCUACAGCAUCAUACCCAAGAUACAGACCUGGUUCUCCCACAAGAUGCCACUUUGCCUCUGGUGGACAGCCCUGGUGGGUUGUCCUCUUAUGACCCAACAACCAGAGGCAUUGGCAAUUCCACCUUGGCAACAUCAGAAUUUUCAUGGAGAGAGCCUGGUGUAAAGAGCUGGUCCUCUUCCAACUUGACACAGUAUAAAGCCAUGCAGGAUUUUCUUUCCCUCCAUUCUUCUGAGGCCUCUUCUGGAGGUGACCCUGCAAUAUACCUUAUAGAUCCUGGCAACCUCUCAUUUGUCAGCCUUGAUGUGCUCUCAUUCCUGGAGAGACAAAUCAAAGAGAGAGAUGAUUUAUUGAUAUGGAAAGAAAAGGAAAGGAAAAUAGAACCUUUUCCAAAACAAUUUAAACUAGAGUACCCACUGAAUUCUUCAGGGAAAAUGUUAGUGUCAGUUGCUGAUCAGCAGGACUCUGCAGUCUCCCUUCCUUUUGGGAGCAGCACAAGGACACCAGUGGAACUGCACAUGCCCCAGCAGCAUUCAUACCUUAGGAAGUGUGGAGUGUGUGUUCAUACACCUCAGAGUGAGGCACUAUCUCUAUCACCAUCUGAAAUUUGCCACCUGGAAUAUAACGUGUUGCAAAAAAAACUGGAGAGUUUGUGGGAUUUACCAUCUGUGAUCCAAAAAUCCCAGGAAGAAUUUUGUCCUCCAGCUCCCAACCUUCCAUUGGUCAGCAGGUCCUCCAAGUCCCAUGUUCAGAACUCCAUCCUCCCUGGAGAUUUUCCCCUCAACAAUGAGCUCCAGAAAAAACUAGAGCAUCAUCUUCGAAAGAGGCUCAUUCAACACCGCUGGGGUCUGCCCCACAGGAUCCAUGAGUCUUUGUCAAAGAUGAGUCCACUAACAGAAAUUCCCUCUGAAUCAAAGAGCAUUGAUGGACUCUCUUCUUUUAAGAAUCAGAACAACAAAGAUCUAAAUUUCCAAUUGAGCCAGCCCAGAAGCUUCUAUAAGAGGAGUUCAGAGAUGUUUCCUCUAGAGGGAGUGGGGAAGGAACAGAGACAUAGUUUAGAGAUUGGCCCAGAAGAUCAUCUGGCCAGUGACCAAGAUGGGGCUUCAGAUAAUGGUCUAGAGUGUGACUCUGAGACAGACACAGUAAAUAACUCACAGAGUCUGUGCAGGAAUAAUUCAAGAACCUCAGUGCUGAGCCUAGAUCAGAAACAACUUAAGGAUGCCCUGGAAGUACAUUUGAAGAAGAAAUUUGGGGAACUCAGUGAAGGUCAGAUUCCUAGCACUGUGCAUAGUUCACAGCAGUCUAUGAAGAUGACCUUGCCUCCACCUGAGAAAUCCCCCAGUCAAAUAAAGCAGAGUGAUUUGGCACCAAUGAUGGGCAGUGACCCAAACAUUCCCAAGGAUAUCUCCCUCCCUGAUUCCGACAAACAAAUGACUUUGGAAGACCAUAGUACAAUUUUUCAUAUGAGGAUGAUUAGUGGCCUUCCUCAGAGGGUCCAAGAAUCCAUAAAUAACUUUAAUAAAAGAGGACGGCCAUCUCAGGCUUAUUCUGCCCUCAACUUUCCAUCCUCUACCACCCUUAUUUCUGAGGUGGAUUCUAAACUUGGGGUCUCCAGGUCCCUCAGAGGAAACUCCAAUGCUUAUGUUAAAGAAAAGAUGGGGACAAGAGAUCCAAUCCCCAUUCUAGAUUCCAUCCCUGCUGCCUCACCUGGGAGCAAGGAAGGACAGGGGUCCCAAAGACAGUCAUUCUCUGAUAUCAAGAAUGAGCCUAUAGACAACCUUCAUAAAAUGAAACAGCUGUUUCCACAGCAGACCCAGACUGUCAUAGAAAAAGCCAGUGAGAAACAGCCUGUAGCAGGGAAUAGAUGCAUCCCUAACCUGCCCAUAAGGGCAUCUGAGGCUGCACCUGAGACAGGAGAUAAAAGACUCAGCUCCAGCAACACUAUACAAAAGUCUUGGGGAGAAAGAAUGUUUUCCAUAUCUGAUAACUCUGGGGAGACAUUCAAGGCAGAGGAGCUCUCUGGUCUCCAAUCACAACCUAAUGCCAUCUUGACAACCAGAGAGAGGGGAAAGUCCCCAGUCAUAUAUGCGAAUCCAGAUAAAGCAGAAAGUACCCUGACCACUGAAAAGUCCCCAAGGGGAACAUUAGUUCCUCACUACGCUGAUGUGAACUCAAGAAAAGUAGAAAUGACCCCCCGACUAAUGAAAUAUUCCCGAGGGGAACAUCAAGUCCCCAUUAUGCUGAUGAAAAUUUUAGAAAAGCCCCCAGUGGGAUUGUCAGUUACACGUGAUCCUCAGUCAUCAGACUUUAAAAGUCAGAUGAUUAAAGAGUUGAAGCUGAAACUGGAGAGCAGGAAGCAAAGCCAGGCUCAGGGCCUUCCUGCUGAUGUGCCCCUGGCCUCAAAUGCCUCAACUUUCAAGACCUUACUUACUCAUGACCACAGGGUCCCCAGUGGUGAUGUGGCAAAUUUCCAGGUGCUGCAUGUCCAGUUGGACAACACAAAGACCAACCUAGAGCAGGGUCAGGAGCCCUGCAUCAAUGAGGAUGACUUGCAAAAGGGUCAAGGAAAGAAUUUCCCAUCAACUGCCAAGAUCAUGAGCCAUCCUGGGCUUAAAAGAGAGCUUGGUGGAGGGGACACAGGGUUGGAGACAUCUCAACCCAGGAGGAAGAGCUGCUGCCCUCAAGACAGGGCAUUGGAGAAGACACUUAGGAGCAAAUCAUCCUCAACCCUGUCACUGAAGGGACAGCCUCCUCCUGAAAACUGCUUCAGAAAGCAGAUGAAGCACUUUUUUCAGUGGCUUUGCCCUGGAGCAAGAGGCAAAGGGCAGAGAAGUUCCCUGGGAAAGGGCAUCUCCCCAUCUGUGCAGGGCAGAGGCCUAGCUAAAGGGAGAGCUGCCUUUGCUGGGAUUACGGAAGAUGAGAAUGUCACAAAAGGUAUUACAGAUGUCCCAGAGGAAAAAUGUAGAGAAGCAGUAGAUGUCACCUGCCCCCAAGGCCCCCUUUUUUCUCCCAUGAAGCCUGGGAAAACUCAGAACAAGGCAAAACUGCAGGUCCAGCACAAGGCUGAUCCUGUCCAGGAGCAUCACUUCAACUACAAAGCUUCCUGCUCUAAAGCACCAUGCGUCAAGUCCUGCAAACAAGAAUCUGCUUUUUCUCACCCAAGUUAUCUUGAGAGAACAAGCAGAUAA